AUGGCAGUGUUGCAUCGUGCUCUAUUUACAUGGUUUAAUCUUUUAAUUUUUCUGAUUCUGCUUGUCUUGAGGCUCGAUCAGAGAAUACAAUGGAAUUGGUUCAUUGUUUUUAUUCCAAUGUGGUUGUAUGAUCACAUACUUUUGGUUUAUAUUGUUUUUAAUAUGAUAUCUCAUUGUAAAAAUGGACGUGUUAUUAAUUUACGCUGGGAAAUAUGGUAUAUGACAGCUGUGUUCAUGAAACUAAGUGCCCAAAUUUUAAUAUGUUUGAAAUUAGAAGCACCACAUUGGUUUUUACCAGCAAAAGUUGUUUUGGCACCGUUUUGGAUUCUUCUUCCAGCAUUGGCAGUUGACGUUUUUGUACAUUUGAUAUAUCAUUAUCGAUAUUAAUAAUGACUAAGUCACAAUUGACUCAGAAAUAUUACAAUAAAUGUAUGCAAUAUUUAUCAUAUUUUAUAUAAAUUAAAUUAUGAAUAAUUAUUUUUAAUGUAACUGUUAUUGAUGUUAGCUAAUUUUAUUUGUAAACAAUAAUUUAUAUUUUUCAUAUUUAAGAAUUCUAUAAAUUAUUGA